AUGAGUAAUACAGUGACCAUCCGAACAAGGAAGUUUAUGACGAACAGACUGCUUAAGUGUAAGCAGAUGGUGAUUGAUGUCCUUCACCCUGGAAAAGCCACGGUCCCCAAAACUGAGAUCUGUGAGAAGUUGGCCAAAAUCUACAAAACAACCCCCAACAUCAUUUUUGUCUUUGGCUUCAGGACUCAUUUUGAGGGUGGGAAGACAACUGGCUUUGGCAUGAUCUACGAUUCCCUAGACUACGCCAAAAACAAUGAGCCAAAGCACAGACUGGCGAGGCAUGGCCUGGACGAAAAGAAAAAGACUUCUAGAAAGCAGUGCGAAGAGUGUAAGAACAAAAUGAAGACAGUCAGGGGCAUGGCCAAAACAAACGUCGGGUCCGGCAAGAAGUGA